CCACUCACUCUCCCACCCUAAGCCUCAGAUCAUGUUGUUGUUGUUCGCUCUUCUUCUCAAUCACUCCCUCUUUUAACUUAAUUAACCAAACUGCUCGUCUCGUUCCGCGUCGUCGUUUCCUCCAAUCAUCACAACAACACAGUGAUGGUGGCGCUGUCGCUGUUGGGGGAAAAAAUCCGAAUCCAAAGGUGGUAGUAGAUGACGAGAAAAGCCGAAGGCGGAGAAGCAUCCCAGACGCAAACAAACUCGGACAAUGGUUAGAAACAUGACACGGAAGUACUGCAAAAAGUAGAAGGAGGGAAGAAGAACGCUCUCAUCACUUUAUUCAUUUCAUUUUUGGACCUUACGGAGAGCCCCUUUCUUGUCCCUUCCCUCUCUCGACACCACUAUUUAUUCUUACUUUCUGCUCUCUAUCUCUCUCGCGCCGCAUGUUGCUCGAUUUCUAUUUCCAACAACACCGCAGCGUCGUAGAAUUACUACUCUCUUUCUUUCUUCGUCUCUUUGUUCCUUCUUCGGCCAUGUCGCUCAAGCGCCGCCCCGAUGAUGGGAAGACUCCAGACGACAAGCGUAGAAAGCCUCCUCCUUUCUCCAGUGUGGUGCGUGACGUGAUGAAGUUACAAUCACUCGGGCAUUUGCUGGAGCCAAUUCUAGAGCCCUUGGUUCGAAAAGUGGUUAAGGAAGAAGUUGAAGCUGCCUUAAAGAGGCAUUUAACCAGCAUGAAACAGACCUGUGGAAAGGAGUUUCAUACUACUGAAUUAAGAAAUUUGCAGCUGCAGUUUGAAAACAGCAUUUGUCUUCCUGUCUUUACUGGAGCUCGAAUUGAAGGAGAGGAUGGCUCCAACUUAAGAAUAGGUUUAGUUGAUGCCCUAACUGGGAAGGUUGUUAGUACAGGACCUGAAUCGUCGGCUAAGGUGGAAAUUGUAGUCCUUGAGGGUGAUUUUGAAGAAGAAAGCGAAACUUGGAUGCCUGAAGAGUUCAAGAGCAAUAUUGUGAGAGAGAGGGAAGGAAAAAAGCCCCUUCUUACAGGAGAUGUAAUUUUAUAUCUUAAAGAUGGGAUUGGUAUGGUGAGUGAAAUUUCAUAUACAGAUAAUUCAAGCUGGACAAGGAGCCGUAGGUUCAGGCUUGGGGCAAGAGUUGUGGACAACUUUGAUGGUGUUAGAAUAAGAGAAGCAAAGACAGAAUCAUUCAUUGUCAGGGAUCACAGAGGAGAAUUGUACAAGAAGCACCAUCCUCCUGGUCUGUCUGAUGAAGUUUGGAGAUUGGAAAAAAUAGGCAAGGAUGGAGCUUUCCACAAGCGCUUGAGUCGGGAAAAGAUCGUUACUGUUAGAGAGUUUCUCACACUUCUGAAUCUGGAUCCAGCAAAGCUGCGCAGUAUACUGGGCACUGGGAUGUCUGCAAAGAUGUGGGAAGUAACUGUGGAGCAUGCUCGAACUUGUGUACUUGAUACAACGAGGCACGUGUACUUCCCUUCUAAUUCUCAAGAACCUGGUGUGGUCUUCAAUGCUGUGGGACAAGUGACAGGACUGCUUUCUGAAUGCGAUUAUGUCACAGUAGAUAAGCUGACUGAAACUGAAAAGGCUGAUGCUCAAAACGCAGUUACUGCUGCAUUAAGACAAGGGGAGAAAUACGCAACUUUCGAAGAUGAAGACUCUCUCAUGGAUGGGUCUUCACACUUAACUAAUGUACUUUACUCCCCAAGCUCUCCCAAGACUGAGGGAUCAAGUGCCAACAAGAUUUUGGCUCCCCAAAAGACUGGAGGAUUCAAUUACCCGCCAGCAAAUGCCUCUUCCCCAGAUAUCAUGUCAUCCAUUUAUUCUGUUGGUGGAACUAGUAGCUUGGAUGACUAUUGCUUGCCUAAUUUUGACAGCAUGGGCCUUAGAUAUGAUCAGACCCUCAGUUUUCCAGUCCAAGUUUCCAACUCUUUGAUCUGUGACACUGAUUCAAUGGCUCAUGCUUUUAGUGAUGAAGACCAUCUGCAGUUUUUUGAUACUGAUCUUCAAUCGCAUGUUCAAGCAGAUCUACAGAGUGCUAUUGAUAGCUUCAUGUUGGCACGUCCCACAGCCAAUGGUGGUGCACAAAGGAGAUGGAGAAAGGUAUGCAAUGUCCUAAAAUGGUUCAUGGUUAGGAAACGAGGAAACCAAAUACAGGUAAGGUUGUGAAGAACAUGAAGGUUCAGUUACUAUUGUACAUUGUGCUCAUGAAUGCAGCAAAAAAAAAUAUUUUGUCCCCCUCAUAGAGAAAAGUUAUGAUUUCUCUUAGUUGUAAAUACAUCUAUGCAUUUGUUCUUAUAGCUGGCUAGAUGUCAUAGAAUUUCCCUAUCCUUUUGUUAUUAGGUUGUAAAUACUUGUAUUUUACAGUCAGGAGAGGAUUUCUGGUUGAUGGCUGAUGCUUGGUAAUUUCAAGAUCCAGCGACCUUUAUUGAUCAUAUUUUUGUAAGCAUGUUUUGUCCAAUAAAAUCAGUUUUUCCCCCUGAGAA